GCUCUGGCCCGGCGCCCGCAGGAUGGCGGGCGCUUCCCCACGCGUGCACUACCUGUCGGACUUCUGCUGCCCGCUCGGAGGCCGGGCGGGGGGGAAACCGCAUGUGCUGCGUCACGAGACGGAGGUCUUUCUGUCCACGGGGCGCGAGUUCGUCUAUGUGUACGACCAGGAGGGCGGGAUGCUGACGGCGGUGUACCAGUUUCCCGACCAAGUGUGGCACCUGCAGCUCCUGGCCACCCGCAGGGCGCUCUACGUCCUGUGCGCCCGGACUGGCAUCUACUGUCUGUCGCUGGACUCGCAGAGCAGGUCUGUGACCCAGGCCUGUGAGGACAAAGAGGACGAGGCUCGCCCUUUCCCCGUGAUCCAUGUGGACCCGGACGCCUGUGUCCUCCCCGACCCCGCACUCUGUGCCUUCAAUGUGCUGGAUGAUAUGCUGGUCACCCUGGUCCAGGGCCCCACCCAGUGGAAGAUGCAGCUGUUCGAGCGUCCCUGCCCAGGGGAGGAGCCUCGGCCUGGAGGCCAGCUGGGUGAGGUGGAGUUGUCCACCUGCACCCCUCCAGGUGUGGUGCCCGAGAAGCCUGCAGCCCCCAGCUUCCUGCCAGUGCUGUGCUGCGUGUUCCCACCAGGCUCCAGGGCGCCUCAUGGUCACCCCGAGGGCUGUGGCUGCUUCAUGCUAGAGGAGGCUCUCUUUGGUCUACUCUUCGGAGCUGACGCCACCCUCUUGCAGUCCCCUGUGAUCCUCUGCGGUCUCCCUGAUGGCCAGCUUUGCUGUGUGGUCCUGAAGGCCUUGGUUACUUGUGAGUUAGCCCCCGGUGACCCGAAGGUCCUGGUCAAGAUCCUCCAUCACCUGGAGGAGCCUGUGGUCUUCAUCGGGGCUUUAAGGGCAGAACCGCGUGCUGAGGAAGAGGCGAGAGAGCUGCUGUCCGAUGAGAACGUGCAUUCUGACUGCCUGGUAGCCCUUGGCCACCAAGGCCGGACACUGGCUAUCAAGGCCAGCUGGAGCGAGUUAGGGAAUCUGGUGCCAGAACUUCGUGAGUACGACCUCCCAGGGCCCGUGCUCUGUGCCGCCUGUGGCAGGGAUGGCCGCAUGUACCACAGCACCCCCUCAAACCUCUGUGUGGUCGACGUGGCUCGGAGAGACGCUCCUUGGAACCUCGAGAAGCCAGACGAGGCCACAGGAGGUCUGCCCUCCAUGCUGUGCCCGGCCAGCUUGAACAUCUGCGGUGUCGUCACCCUCUGUGUGUCUACAAGGGCUUCUACAGGUGGCACCGAGCUCCUGGCCCUGUCUUCUAAAGGGCGCCUGGUCUCCUGCAUCCUGGACUUGAACUCUGAGGUGCCUGUGCCUGCCAAAAUGGCUGUAGCAAAUGCAGGCCAGAAAAUUAAGGAGCUGCUCUUGGACAUCGGUGAUGUCUCUGAGAGAGUGUCCUUCCUGAAGAAAGCUGUUGACCAGCGCAACAAGGCCAUAACAAGUCUCAAUGAGGCCAUGAAUGUGAGCUGUGCCCUGCUGUCCAGCCAGGAGGGCGCCCGGCCCAUCUCGUGCACCAUCACCACCUCCUGGAGCUGCCUGGAGCUGCGAGACAUGCUGAUGGCCACCUGCACACUGGAGAACAAUAGCAGCUUCAGCCUGGACCAGGGCUGGACCUUGUGUAUCCAGGUGCUUACUAGUUCUUCUGCCUUAGACCUGGAUGGGGCAGGCUCGGCUUUCACCUACACCAUUCCAGUGGACAGACUGGGCCCAGGCAGUCGGCGGGAAGUGACUCUGCCCCUGGGUCCUAGCGAGAGUGGCGUGCUCGACCUGCCAGUGACCAUGUCCUGCUGGCUCUACUACAGCCUCAGGGAGGUGGUGGGUGGGGCCCUGGCCCCCUCUGACCCUCUAGAGGCCCCCUAUCUGGAGAAGCUCCCUCUCAACCUUCCUAAGCAAGAAGGUGUCUGCCUGCCCCUGUGCAAGCGCACGGUGGACAUGCUACAGUGUCUGCGCUUCCCCGGCGUGGCCUCACAACCCGCGCAGGCGCCCUGCAUGCCUGGCUCUGCCUGUGAGCCCGUGGAAACCUUCCUGAAGGCCUGCCAAGCCCCCGGCAGUGAGCCAACUGGCGCUGCCUCCCUACGGGCCAAGUACUUGCCUCCGUCUACAGCGUCCAUCAGGGUGUCCGCAGUGCUCCUCAGAACCGCCCUGGAGGACGGUCACUCAGGCUUCCACCUGUGCAGCGCCACGCUGCAGUGGCUCCUUGCUGAGAACGCUGCUGCGGCUGUCGUGAGGGCCCAGACCCUGUCCUCCAUCCAGGGCGUAGCCCCAGAUGGUACUGAUGUCAACCUCAUUGUCCGUGAGGUCGCUGUGACUGAUUUGAGCCCCGCAGGGCCCAUCCAGGCCGUAGAGAUCCAAGUGGAGAGCUCCUCCCUGGCCAACAUGUGCAGGGCGCACCACGCCAUCAUCAGACGCAUGCAGACUAUGGUCACAGAACAAGCUGCCCAAGGCUCCAGCCCACCAGACCUCCGAAUGCAGUAUCUGCACCAGAUCCACGCCAACCACCAGGAACUGCUUCGCGAGGUGCAAAGCCUGCGUGACCAGCUGUGCACGGAGGAUGAGGUCAGCUCCUACGGCACAGCCCAGAGGCUGCUGCAGGUUUACAAGCAGCUCCGCAACCCUAGCCUUGUCCUGUUGUGACCAGCUGCUGGCCAGCUUCUCCUCACUGCAGGACACACUCCAGGCUGAGUUCCGGGGCCCGUCGGGCUGCACCCCUCCACUGGAACCUCUGUACCUCCGAUGGAAAGGAUCGUUGCCCAAAUACUUGGGCCAUGGAGACACAGGGUUACUGGAGUUCAGACUGCAGGGUGUGGGACUGUUCAGCUGACCCCACCACACCCCAGGAGCACUGGCUGCCUCUCUGGAGCCACCAGGGGGCAGAGUGCUCACUGCAACCAAAGCACAAAGACCGUGGGAGGGCUCCCCUAAGCUCCCACUGCCCGAGCUGCCUCCUCCCCCCGCCGGGCCGUGCCCUGCUGCUGGUGCUGUUUUCACGCGGGAGGAGAGCUGCUGUGAGUGCCGACAAGCUGCCCUCUCCUGAUGUCCCCCGUGUCAGCCGGCCUCUGCUCCCUUCCCGCCUCUCACCCUCUUCAGAGUCCACUGUGCUCUGUGCAGGUGGUGGGCAGCCCUUCCCAGCUACCCUCCCACAGGGGCUCCUGUGGCCCCUUGGGGCCCGAGAUCUGCACCUCAAGGUCUGGACACUGAGCUGCCCGUUGUGUCACAGGGUAUUUACAUGGGUGUUUGUUCAUCCUCCAGAACAGAGUCUUCCAUGGAGGAGGCAGUUAGGAGAUGGAAUGGCCUCUCCUGACACCGCCCAGUGUCUGUACAGUCUUUUGUAACAAGGUGCUCACCGCCAGGGUGGCUGGCUUACCUCACCUGCUGGCCUGCUAAGAGCCCUGUCCGUAGCUGGUCCCUAAGUCUACCCUUGCCACCUCCCGCGUGGGAGCCUCUAACUGCGUCGUAGUGUGCAUGAGUGUCUGCUCUGAACAAGUUAGAGAGGCUGGGUCAGCCCACAGGACGGACAGCCUGCCUGUUAGCAGAGAGGGUCUCCCGGGCUGAGCUGGCUUCUGUCUGUCACAGCCAACAUUUUCUGGUCCACAGAAAUUGCCAGGUUUGUCUCCAGCCUAAACUCCAGUAGGUUGGGAGCCGAGGCAUGUGUCCUCAGGGAUUGCUGGUGAUGUCACCUCAUCAGCCUCCCUGGGCCUCUGGACACAGACCCACAUCUGGACUUGGACUUGUUGUUCUUGGCACUGAGAUUUGGUAGGGCCUGGCACCAGGCUCAGACGGUUGACAGAGCUGAAGAAAUAUCAGGCUUAACUGGAGAAUCUCAUUUGAGUGUGAUCAUGGAGUCAGAGCCACCAUAUUUCAGCUGGGUCCCCCAGUCUUGUCCAACACCUGUGUGCCGUCCCCCAUUCAUGCCAGAUAAUGCCUGACGUCCAUGACAUCCUAAACUCCAGCAGGCCGUGGGACCACCAGGUUCUGAGACCUAGCACACUCGGGCAAGCCGCUUAGGUCAGCUCCAAGAGUUAAUAGGGAUAUGUCCUGAUGUGUGACCCUGGUCUCUUCGGGUAAGCGAAGGGUGGGUGGGGGUGGGGGUCCAGCCAUAACUUCCUUCCCAGCAUGCCUCCUGCCUUUCCUGGCAGCUAUACAUUGCCUCCCCACCCCAACGCACUCUCUGGCUGAGUGACGACUUCUUGUCUUAGACUUGCAGCUCCCUGUGGGUCUCAUUUGCCCUGGGUAGUUGGAGAGCACUUUAGGGCCCCAAGCAGGAUCAGGUCAGCCUAGGUUAGGAUGGCCUUCCUUAAUCUCUGACCCAAAGCCUAGCAACUGCUGGAGCGAGGUGAGGCGAGGGGUCGGGUCAGGCAGCCCCCACUUAGAGCCAUGGCCCUUCCCCUUAGGUCCGUAGAGGAUGAGGAGAGCCUUGCUUGAAAGGGCAAAGGCUUUCCUACGAGUGAAGUCCCAGUGCUGAGCAGACAGAACCCUGAGACUUUAGGGUUCAUACCCUUCCCAUUACCAAGCUGGGCGGCGCAAGCCCACAGCAGCUGCGCAACAAAGGUUUAAUGCUGAGUUGGUGGGGCUCUGGGGUCAGCCCCUGAGUCCUCAAUAUUCCCAAAGAGCUUCCCCCAUAGGCAGGUCCGCGUCAGCACGCAGCAGCCCUGAAGCUCCGCCACACAGGUACUUGCCACUGAGGGCGCGGAUGGCGAGGCGGCCACGCUCUCGGAACUCAAAGAGGAAAUCCUCCGCCAGGUCGCCGUCACUGCACACGCUCCCGUGGCUGCCAAUGUACCAGAAGCCAGCUCCGCGGCCUGAGGGCAAGGCUGGAGGUCGGCGGGGCCCGGACAUCCCCUGCCCCCCGCCAUUGCCUCCCCGCACUCUGUGUUCCCACACCUCUGAUCUGAUAGGCGCCAUCCCUGAAGCUCAAGUGGAAGACAUCGUAGGUGGAGCGGUUGGUGUCCAGCUGGUUGGAUCCCCGGCGGUGGCAGACAAAGCCAUCCAGGCCGCGCAGCACCAGGAUGGGUCGGUUGAUGAGUUUGAGGAUGAACAGCUCGUCUUCGCCUGGGGGAGAGGGCGGAGUGAACCACGGAGUGAACCACGGAGCGAACCACGGAGCGAACCACGGAGCGAACCACGGAGCGAACCACGGAGUGAACCACGGAGUGAACCACUCCUGCCCCUGGCUACCAUAUGCAGGCUGCGGACUUGGGGGUCUGGGGGUCCCUAGGCGUUGCUAAUGUACAGGUGUUGGGAAAGCACCCAGGGUUCCCCAAAGACAGUAAAGGAAAAGACACCCUG